UUCUCGGGCAACAGCAGCCGCUGCUUGAAGUCCAAUUGGAGCUCCUUUCAGCUUUCCAUCGCCGCCUAGCAAGCUCCUGAGUGUAUUCCUGCGUCCUUAAUUAAGGUUGCAGCUCGAACCGCUUCACCAGAUGCAGAGGAUGAGGAAGCUACACUCGAAACAACUCGUCCGGCUGAUGAUGGAGUACACCCCUGGUCCCGCCUGCAUUCACACAUGGCACCCUGGUCGCUGCACUGGUCUCUUGUUGAACAUGAGAAGCAGCUGUCGAAUGGGGAAAUCCAUCACAUCGAUGUGUUGUGGCAGCUCCAACAUGUCAACAGAGUCGGGUGCAACAUUGAUGGCAAUAAGGGCUGUCCUUGCAUAGGCUCAGCGCACGGUCUAGGGCAGCUGCAUACAGCCUGGCGACGCGUGAAGCGUGACGACGGUCUCCAGAAUCCUUCUCGGUGUGGCCUCUCCCAAGCAAACACCGAAAUUGAGCACGGAAAGGCCAGAUCAUUUCCUGCCAACCCUUCAUUACGGAAUGAAGCUGAUGCUGGCACUCACAUCUGUCGAGUCACAUCUGACAACCACUACAGCAUUUGCUUGGUUGACAGCAGCAUCACGAGGCUGCCAACUAUAUGUAUACAUCCAGGUUGCAUGUUCAUGAGGGUCGACGUUGCAUGUUGUCGGCCAAACAAAACAGACUGACGUGUCUGCUGGACGGCUCCACAUCUCUAAGGUCAGAGC